AUGACAAGUGCCUCAUGUAGGACCGCAGGCUUCCUGCAGAUCCAGCAGAUCAUGGAGAAUACAGGAACGGGCACAGCCACCGCCUUGUUCUUUCAAGUCCAGGUUUCCUCGCCCAGCUGUGACUCCCAGGGCCUGCAAGCCGAGGAGGCUCCGCCCUCCGAACCCCAGAGCCCCGUCACUCAAACUGUUGCCGCGGGGACUGGCAGUCGCCCCGCCUCCUGCCUUACCCCCCUCCCCCUCGUGUCGCGGGUGAAGACAGAGCAGCAGGGCAACCAAUCAGAAGCCUCGCCCUACUCGGUGGUGUGCACCCCUGUGGCCAAGCGCUUGUGGGAGGGCGGCAGCAGCCGAGACGGGGGUGGAGGGGGCUCAGGUGGAGGCGGAUCCAGGAAGGCCGCCCGCUUUUCCCAGGAGUCUGUGCGAGGGAGUGCCAUCCAGAGCUCGGGGGCACUGGCAAUGGCCAUGGGGAUGGGGGCCAGCGGGGCGGGGAUAGGAUCAGGGGUCGGGGGUCACGGCAGCGGGUCCAACGGGAGUGUGGUCUCCAUGGGCAACGUGGCAUCGGAGGGCGCCAGCCCGGGCACGAUGAGCGCCUACACCAGUGACUCGCCUAUCAGUUACCAUGACGAGGAGGAAGAGGAGGAGGUGACAGAGGAGCAGACGGAGGAGCAGUACAGGCAGAUCUGUAACAUGUACACCAUGUACAGCAUGCUCAAUGUGGGCGCCGCAGCUGGUGAGCGUGUGGAGGCCCUGCCGGACCACUCAGAGACCCGGGGUCGUAUGCGGGGUCGCCAGGACCUGUCGUCUCUCCCCGCUGAGCUCAUCACACAGAUAGGCAACCGCUGCCACCCCAAACUAUACGAGGAGGGGGACCCCGCAGAGAAACUAGAGCUUGUCUCAGGUACUUGUGUGUUCAUAUCUCGAGCCCAGCUGAUGAACUGUCAUGUGAGUGCAGGGACCAGGCACAAGGUGUUGCUCAGGAGGCUGCUGGCUGCCUUCUUCGACAGGAAUACUCUGGCUAACAGCUGUGGAACAGGAAUCCGCUCCUCCACUAACGACCCCAGCCGCAAGCCCCUGGACAACAGAGUGUUGCACGCAGUCAAAUUCUACAGCCAGAACUUCGCCACGAGCUUCAAGGAGAGCGAGAUGAACGCCAUCGCUGCGGACAUGUGCACCAACGCCCGCCGCGUCGUCCGCAAGAGCUGGAUCCCCAAGCUGAAGCUGCUCAUGGCCGAGGGCGAUGCGUACUCCGCCUUCCUCCCCGAUGCCAAGAUGGAGGCCGACGCCCUAGGGGCGGAGCCAGGCUUUGAACCCAACACCCUGGAGGGCGCUGAGACGGGUGGCUCGUCCGGCGAGUCGCUGCAGGGGGUGGGCAGCGACGGAGGCACAUUGUUUUAGAUGGGGAGGUGGAGAACAGAAGUGUUUAGAACACGAUGAUGAUGAUGAAUACCUAUAUUUCCCUGUACUCCUUUCUUCUCCUCUGGUGGUGUGGCCCAUCCCCCUGACCCUUUGGCCUUUUGAUCCUCCACCUCCGACAUGUGACUCUGAAACGUUACUAGGGGAAACAGGGGUUGUUACCUGGAUGUUAACCAGGAAGUUAUGCUUUAAUUUUGAAAGCGAGAGUCCAAGCAAUCGUAACUUCCAAUAUGGUUUCUGCUGUAUAUUAGUAUGGGGGUAGAGGAAGGGUGAUGGGUUUGUGGGGAUGCAGUAUUUUUGGGGGAUUAACCAAAUUCCUGCCUCACCAUAUCAAAACACAUUCCCCUGGUUUUGAAUGUAGAUGUCAGCAGCAUUGCACAAUGUCAGUCUGAACGAUUGUAUCCCAGCCUCUUGAGGAAAAAGAAACCGACAGAAAGAUAACUACUCUAUGGAUAUGAGAGAGACUGUAGUUUCUCUCUAGAAUGAGAGAAAGAGAAAAGGGGAGAGAGGGAGCGAUAGAAAGACCCCUAACCCACCAGUCCUCCAACCCCAACACCCUUCUGUGACCAGAACAAAAUGAUUAUGCCCUCAGUUUUAAUGUGUCUCUUCUUGUAGCUUUUCUGAUCACAGCUCGUUUCUCUGUUUGUAACAUGGAUCCAGAGAUGAGGACUACAGGUGUACAAACUGUAAUUGUAAAGAAAUCCAAGGGGAACAGAAAAAGACGGUCAUAUUUUUUUGAAUAUGUAUUUAUACAACUGUUGUUGUGUACAGAGAGAAAGAGAGGGAUUGGUUUUAAAUCUCUGUUGUUUUAUUGUAUUUUGAACAGCUGUUUUGCAAAGAAAGUCCUCUGAAAAAUAAGAUUUAAAAGCAAAUAAGUAAAAGUGCUAUUUUUGCAUAAAAAUAUGGUAUUGAUCAAGUGGUCAGAAAAGUCUUAACGUAGGGCCUUUUUUGUUUUGACAAACUAUUGAACUGAAAAAUAUCUGUUUUUAAGACAGAACUGGGCACUUUCUACCUGCGGCAAUCCAAUAUAGCUUAUUAUCUUAUUAUCAUUUUUCUCUAUGGAAAUUGUCAAGGAAGCCUACCUAUGUGGCUGUUCACAACGAUGACUGACUCUGUUAUGCUUGCUAGCGAGCUAGCGACGUUACUAUGCUAGCUAAACUGCUUACUCGGAAAUCACGGCUAAAUGUAAAAAUGCACAGCUUGAAUCAACUGGUCGUCUGCUGCAACUAUCGUGCUAGCUAGCUAACCCCUCCUCUGUUGGUUAGUGACUUGCUCCGAAGCAGACUACUGACAUCAUUACACAUCAUGAGGUUGUGAUUCAAUGACCGGAAAACAUUUGGAAUAAUGGAAUGUGCCUUUUUUAAUCGACAUGGAUAUGCAGGGGUGGGUCCUGCUUAUGUUGAUGUUGGGAAGGAGGGAGUAGAAUGGGGUUUAAAAGGUGGCAGGUCGUUCAGCUUGAGACAGAGUUGUAACACACACACACACGUGUUCCAAAGAGAGAUGGGGUGAGGUCAGGGGGAUUGGCAUUCUGGUGGAGUAUGUUGGUGUGUUUAAAACAGUCUCAUAUAUGUGCGAGAGCAAGCAUUUGUGUUCAUUCCUUGAAUGUGACUGAAAAGUAUAUUUGUUCCUGUGUGAUUGAUGUGUGUGAGUGCGCUUUAGGUGGGUGUGUGUGAGUGUGCUUUUAUGUGUGUGUGUCCUCCACCUGGUAGUGUUUUGGAUUGGUUUAAGACUCCCUUUGCUGGGACACUUGUCUUUGUGAACGAUGACCUACACCGUCUUCCAUACACCUUUGCAAUCCAAAAGAUGUGAGACACCUUCAGAUAGAAAAGUGAUGUAUAGAGAGGACACAAUUCACUUUUUUCCAUACGGCAGAGAAGCAGGUCCACUCUAUGCAUGACAUUUCUGUCCUGAUUGCUGUUGUUUAACUCUCUCACGCUUGGUAAAUCCAAGAUGGACAAUGGUGGAUAUGUUAAAGGGGAGGUGAAGCACCUUUUUAAAUGGGAUGAACCCAUGUUUCCUGCACCUUUGAUAAAGGGUUUUGAUGUGUUGUGUGGAGAAUCAACCCAAGGGAUGGCCUUGUUCAAAUACUUUUAAGUGGCAUCCUUCCUCCCUUUCCUUGAUGUAAGCACCUCAGGGAAGGGACCAAAGGAAGGGUGCAUUUAGAGAGUAUUGGAACAUAGCCUGCGUCUCAGAUCUGUGGAUGUGGGAUGCACUGGGAUGACUCCUGUUGUAAAUAUUGGGACCGUUGAGCUGACUUUCUUUCUACGCUCGUCUAGCAAUUUCCUAUGUAGGGUGAUUGUGUAAAAGUGUGGAAGCGAUGAAAGAGGACCGUUUUUUAUAUAUUUUUUUAUUUUUUACUUGGUCUCGCGUGUUGUCGAGACGUCAUGGAGACUGAUGUGUGUGUGAGCUCCCAGCAUACAUUUGGCCUACAGGUCAGAGGAGGAUGAUGGUUGCUUUGGUCUUAAAGUACUGGCCUAAUGUGCUACUGAGUUGGUGUGACUGAAGGGAGGGAGGAGGGGUCAUGUUUAGGGAGGAGGGGUCAUGUUUAGGGAGAGAGGUGUCAUGGCUGCAGACUGUCUGUCCAUCAGAAUAUUGUACAGAAAAAAAUAUUACUUUUCAAAAUGUUUUUUCUUUUAUUGCUUAUGUUUUCUUUAAAGAAACAUGUACUGUAAAGACCUUAAAGAAAUGCUACUAAUUGAAGGUGGUGAAUGAUUUACCUACUUCUUGCUGAAGAAAAAAUUGAAAAGGAAAGAAGGAUAACUGUACGAUGGCUAGACAGAGCACCGAUAGCUAGACAGAGCACCAAUAGCUAGACAGAGAACUGUAUAUAUUUUUUUCAUUGUUUGUGAUGAGGGUUCCAUGAGAGGUUCUUCCAGGGGGAGGGGGGGAGGAAUAGGGCACUGUACUGUCUCUUUGUCUAUUGGGGGGAAUUAUUUUUGGGGAGGUGGGUGGGUAGUAGUGGGUGUGUGGCGCUGUAGAGGUCUGAAUUACAAACUUUGCACCUGCUAGUGAACCUAUACACCAGGGUCUGAUUUCACCCUGCUGAACAGAUCCCAUGAUAUUAUGGACAAGGUCAGAUCCAGUCUUGUUCACCACCUGCUGUUUACAUGUGGUACUGGAGCCACCACCAGAUGACAGUAUUUCCCCCACAGACCAUAGUCAAUGACUGAGUUGGUUACUAAGUGAUCAAAGUUCAGUUUUGCGUGUUUUGGAGAGGGUUACUUCUCUCAGCUCUGAAGCACAAGACUAAAGGAACAGAAAGGAAUGUUUGUGUGUGUGAGACAGAACAGUUCAAGCUGAUUCAUCCUCCAUCCCUACAGGUAGAUGUCCCUCCUCCCCCAACACACACAUCUCAAGAGGAUGGACAAAGGCAGUGUCCAGUGUGGUGUAUAUAGGCUUGGAGAAGGACCUUUUUUCACAUAUACAUAUAUAAAUAUGAAUAUAUGUAUAGAUAUAUACUGUAUAUUAUACAUAGAGGCACUAAAGUUUAAUUGUUAGUCGUGCACUCUCAGCAUGAGGUAUAUACCCACAAACGGCUUAUUGAAACCAGUGCAAUAGCAUCCCCAAUGUCUCUGCCCUUGCUCCUUGCCCUCUGUGACCCUGUAGUGCCAGUGCUCAUUCUGUUCUCAUUGUUUUCCAAGUGCCAAUAACUUUGUGAAACCCAUUAACUGUGACCCAAUAUUAUUCAAGGUAAUUGCACAUUAACUAUUGUAAAGAAAAAUCAUUAAGAUAAAUGUCAACAUGGAUUAAAAAAAAUAUCUUAAUAAAAGGUUUGUA